AUGGCACCAUUGUCGGAUUUCGAGAAGCAGAGACAAGAGAAUAUACAGCGAAACAAGGACUUGCUCCGGCUGUUAAAUCUUGAUUCUAUCACAGAAUCAAUUUCUCGUGAGAUUCCAGCUAAAAAGCCGGUUGACGCGUCAAAAAGACGCAAGACUUCAACCAGAACUGCUGUCAAACGUGAGCCAGCAGAACCAUCAAGAAGAUCUAGAAGGUUGGCAGGUGUAAAAGUGGAGAACUCCAAAGAAUAUGCAAAGAUCCAGGCUGAAAUGGACGCCUUGGAGAAGAAAAAGAAAGAUAUUGAAAAAUUGAAACAAACGCGUCUCUUUGGAGAAUUCCAUCUUAAUGACUUGGUUACAGAUAGCAAGGGAGAACUCAAGAACGAGGGGAAAGUGAUAGGAAAGGCUGAGGAAGAGUCAGUUAAGCAGGAGGAUCUGAAUGAGAUCAUUAAAAAGGAAGAUCUGGAGGGAGAUUCUAUAGAACCAGCACUCUCAAUUCUUCGAGUAUUGGGAGAAAAGUUUUCAGCUGGUGAUUUCUACGACUUGAUAAGAGAAAAGGAGACUAAAAACGGUACUUCAGACUACUCUUUGGAAUCCAAACGGAAAGAAUUUGACAAAAUGUCUCUCUACAAGAAGAUUGACCCUUUGGAUAUAAAGGCAACCCACCAGAGAAUAUCAAGCAUAGCAUUCCACCCAGCUACCGAGGAUAGAUUAGUUGUGGCGGGUGAUACGGUUGGAGAUUUAGGUGUAUGGGCUGUGGAUGCUGAAACUGAAGGAGAUGAAGAUGAUGAAGCCACUGCAAACGUCACGAUUUUAAAACCUCAUGGAAAACUCAUCUCUAAAAUUGUAAUCCCUCCAAAUUCUCCUUCCCAGAUAUUAUCUGCAUCUUAUGAUGGGUCUGUACGAACCCUUGAUCUUAAUAAACUCGAGUCCUCUGAAUUAGCAUAUCUUCGGGAUCCAUAUGAAGAUGCAGAUUAUCCUUUAGGAGUGUCUGACAUUAAUCUUGCCUCUCCAAAUCUCUUGUACUUUACAACGCUUUCAGGGAACUUCUAUCAACAUGACACCAGAACCAAAUUUUCUUCUGUCAAAGAACUGGCGUUACUUAGACUUCACGAUAAGAAGAUUGGAUCCUUCUCAGUUAACCCAAACCUUCCUCAUCAAAUUGCCACAGCAUCACUUGACCGAACUCUUCGCGUUUGGGAUUUAAGAAAUGUAUCUGCUUCCAACGCUUCCUGGCUGGAAUACGAACUGCAGAGGUCACCACAUCUCUACGGAAGCUAUUCAAGUAGAUUAUCUGUAUCUUGUGUGGAUUGGAAUUCUCAAAAUCGGUUAGUUUGUAAUGGGUAUGAUGAUAAGAUAUGUGUUUUUGAUUUGACUAGUGGGAUUGCACCUGAAGAUUGGUCAGAUACCUACCAAAUCGGAGAAGCACCCAAAAGAAGUAGAAAGAAGACUGAAGUACCCACCACAUUAGAGGCAAACCUUGAACCAUUCACUACGAUUAAACAUAAUUGUCAAACUGGGAGAUGGGUAUCGAUUCUCAAGUCUAAAUGGCAAACAAACCCAGAAGAUGGAGUUCAGAAGUUUGCCAUUGCUAAUAUGAACCGGGGUAUCGAUGUCUAUGACCAACAGGGACAAAUCUUAGCACACUUGACAGAGGAUAAAGUUGGAGCUGUGCCCGCAGUAGUCACCAUGCAUCCACUGAAAAAUUGGUGUAUUGGUGGAAGUGCAAGUGGUAAGCUUUACUUCUUUGAAUAA